AUGGUGUUUCAUACGAGAUCGACAAAAGCGUCGAAAAAGAAACUUGAUAUGGCAAAGGUAGGUGUUUGAAAAUUCAUGAGACUAACAGAAAUCGAAAAUUCCUACGUUGCUCAUCUAGUAUUAAUUCUGUGUGCACGUGUGUGUAAAUACAAAAUUCCCGGAGCAAAAAUCAAAAUCUUUCUAAUUUUUUCUCUCGAAAUCAAUUCCAAAUUCGAUUUUGCUACACAUUUUCUGUUUCUCGGGGCAAAACAGAGAACAUUUGAUUCGAUUUUUGAAGGACGACAAAAUGUGUCAGACAAGGAUUUCCGAGAAGACAAAAGGAAAGCGAAAAAAGGUUCAGAAGUUUUAAGCACAAAUUGAAUUCUUUGGAAAAUUGAGAGCGAAAAAGAGAGACUUGUUUUUGCAUUGAGUUCGAAAGCUUGAAGAAGCUGCAAACUAAAAUUAGGGGCUUUCGAAGAAAAGUUUGAUUGAGGAAGAAUUCGAGAAUAGUCUUUAAACUUAGAUAGGAGGUCAUACUUUUUCAAUUAAAUUUGAUGAAACAAUUUAGGGACUUUUUAAAUCGGACCUAAUUUUAAGGAUGUUUGAAUGGGAGUUAUCGCUAUUUAAAGUACUGAAGUUUGAUUCAUACAUAUUCAAAAUUGGGCCAAAUUCAAUAUUUGCCAAACCUAUAGCCUAAAACAUACAUAUCUGUAACAAAAAGUUCCGGUGAUGUCAAAACAACUUGUCAUAUUGACAAGUUGUAAUAAAUGUAGUGACCAAGUCCGGGCGAACAAAAUGAAAUGUGUCACUAAAACCAAACAAAUUUUCGCGGAAAUCGUGUUCAUCAGAUUCCCUCGAGGGCGCCAAAGAUGACCCUAUAUCCUAUUUUUGGUGGGUAAUAGAGAGGGGGAGAGAGAGAACAAAACAUGAUCGAGUCCCACGAGACUUUUGAAUUUUAUUUUUUUUUUUGUUUCUCCGUUUUUGCCUGCCUGCCGGAAAGCAUUUCUGUGGUGAAAAAUAAUCUAAUAAGCGAAAUUUGUGUGGUCACAAGAACAAAGCUUCAUUCUCUUCAUUUUUUGACAAAAAAUAAAACGUCUGGAAUAAAGAUCGGAAACUGAGAUUGAGAUGUUUGCACUUUUUCAUAUUUUCGAAACGAAACAGCCUGGAGCGGUUUGAAGAACGAAAAUAAAAAUAGAAAAUAUUUUUCAUGUGGACCACAAAAAUGAGAGCCACGUUCAACAAGAACAUAGUCUGCUCUCAUUUUUCUUUCUCUAUAAAACGGGUCUCAAGAGAUUUUUGAAAUAGUGUGAAUCAUCUUUGGAUUAGAAACAAAACACACAAAUUUGAAUUUGAAUUGAUUGAAAACUUGAAUUUAAGAAAAACUUUCCAAAAAUAUUGGAUAAUUUUCUCAAAAUCAAAAUUAGAAAAAUAAUUCCGAAACCUAUUUUUGUUUAUUUUUCAGUUUGCACCAUAUGCUCUUCACCUGGCAAUGGUUGUUGCAGUCGCUGUUUAUGUUGUAGGUGGUGCAAUUGCAAUUCGGAAAAUUGAAGCAUCUCCAGUCCAAGUUCCGGUAAGAAUUAAUUUCGAAAAUAUUAUCGAGCCCCAUCUUCAUUUGAGAUAUUAUUUGUCAUUUUACAUAUUUUUCGUCAAUUUCAAAAAUCAAUCCUUUUCCUUUUUCCGACUCUCUCCAGAGAUUAAAAAGAUAACACCUUCUCACCAAAAAAAUCUUGUAAUGUUAUCGCCCACUUUUCACUCGAAAUCCUCCCCAGGGAAAUUCGUUUUUUUGAUGCUAACCGCUGGAAUUUUUCUCUCAGCUGGACAUUCGGGGAAAAAUCAGUUGUGGUUUGUUGUUUUUCUAGGAUGCGACCGCAAUGAUGAAAAAACGAAAUAUUUAUGAGGAACCAAUUAUUUCAUGUGAGGAUUCUUAAAAAUCUGAAACUAAAACUAGAGAGAAUUUUUUGCAGUUAAACGAACACAGGAUUGUGUGAAAUCUGCGAUUGAAAAAAUUCGAAAUUGUACAAAUGGUAAUCUAACUUUGACACAUAUUGAUAACUGUUAUAAAAAUGAUCUUGUAACGAUUGAAAAAAUAUCGGAGCAUCGAAGAGCAAUGCAAAAACAAGAAGGUAACUUUUUUGUCUUCUUUUUUUUGGGUUUUCAUAUUCUCAUGAAAAUACACUUGGGAAUAUUGAAAAAGAGGGCAACGACUCAUAAAAAGAUGAUUAACUAUCUCAAGUUUUUGAUGUUUCUAGAAAUGGCAACAAAUAUUACAAAGUCAAAGGGAGAAAUUAUUGAUGGAUAUGAAUAUUGGACACUUAUGGAUUCAGUUCUCUUUUGUUUCACUGUUAUCACAACUAUUGGUUACGGUAAUGUAGCACCGAAAAGUUUCGAAGGUCGACUUUUUGUAAUUUUCUAUGGUUUGGUUGGUGUUCCAUUUACAAUGAUGGCAAUCGCAAAUAUUGGAAAAUUUCUGGCAACACUUUUGAAAACGUGGACUCGACCAUUUUUGAUUUGUUGUCGGAGGAUCAAAAAACGACUUGUUGAAAAGAAAACGAAUGAAAUUAAAGAGACUCAAAGACUUAUGGAGAAAUCGAAGAAAAAGGCGAAGAAAAUUGAAGAUGAUGUUUCUUCGAAUGGCGAAGGAGAUGAAGAUGAUGAAGAAGUUGAGGAAUCAGAAGGUUGGUGGUUUUUGGUGAACAUUUUUGACCUUAGGGUGGGAAACAGAGAUAAAAAAUUAGAUGAAAAAAUUAAGAAUUACCAAUACCAAAAACACCAAGUGAAUAUGAAGAUGAUGGGUUGUCUAGUAAGUUUUCACCAUGUUUUUUCCAUGUUUUUUUCAAAUUUUCAUUUUCGAAUUUUUCUUCAAGCACCCUAUGCAAUUUUUCACUUUUUGCUAUUCAAAUCGCUUUUCGAAUCCUGAAUCUACCAGUUUUUUAUUUCAGAAACCGAAACAUUUGUGCUAUUUUUUGCAUUCGUUGUUUAUAUUGUAAUCGGGUCGAUUGUGAUAGCCGCUUAUGAACCAGAAAUGGACUUUUUCGAGGCAAUUUAUUUCAAUUUUGUCACGUUGACAACUAUUGGAUUGGGUGAUUUGGUUCCACAGUCAGAUACUUAUUUGGUGAGUUUUUUUGUUGAGAAGCAAGUUCGAAUAAAUAUUUUUCAUAUUCAACUACUGCUUUUCAGGCUAUAACAUUAAUAUAUUGUGCCAUUGGUCUUGCUCUGACUACAAUUGCAAUUGAAAUUGCUGCAGAUACUUUGAAAAAGUUGCACUAUUUCGGAAGAAAAAUCGAUAACGUGGCAAAUGUUCAAGUGUGGUUUGGUGGUCAGAAAAUAUCAAUGAAAGCGCUUGUCAAAAAUCUCGGAGAUCAAUUCAAUGUUCCUGUUGAAGAGCUAGAAAAACUGAAUCUCGGAAAAUUUGUUGAUGAUGCGAUUAAAGUUGAAGCCGGCGAACUGACCACCCUUAGAGUUUGUCUAGAUAUUUUUGAGCUUUUCUUCUAGACGCUUCUAUUUUCAGAAUGAUCGAGCUUGGAUGAAUUCGAAUUAUUGGAGAGCAAUUGAAAGUGGAUCAAUGCAUUAUGUCGAUGAUGAUGAUUUGGUGACACUCGAUUCAAAUCGUAAUUAUUAUUCAGAGUUUUGAUUGGACUUGAUGUUGUACAUUUUUCUUACUUCUCAUUUUUUUAUACAAACAACAAAAAUACGGGAUUUUCUAACCCUUUUUGACUGACAAGUGCAAUUAUAGAGCAUGUUUAUUUAUAUUUGAACAAUUUUAAUAAAUUUAAUUUUUGGAAUGUUUAUUUUUUUUGAUGCAUGAAAUCACCUAAAUAACUCACUCGUUUUGCGGUGGUCUUUCACUUUUCACUUACUUACACACUCACUAAUACUUUUCCCAAUUUUCGCUCACCUCUAUCCAUUUCAGUGUCUAGUGAAUCUCGUCAACUUCUUCUAAAACUGCCACAUUCAAGUUCGCGGAACUCACAUACCAUAACAAUUUUGAAUGAACCUCUUCUUGAAGAAGAAAACUUGGAUGUUGCAUUUGCAUCAGAAAGUUCAGAAGCGGAAGCGAUGCCAAUGCCAGAUUUCCAAAUUAUCGAUCAACCUGUAAGUUCAAAAAUAGUUACCGGAAAAAUUGUUUGAUUUAGGACACAAUGACAGAAGCUGAACUACGAAGAGCUUCAGAAUGUCGACAAAUGCAACAACUUUUACAAGCUUUUAAGGACUAUCAAAACGGUUGGUUUUUAUAAGAAUCUUGAAAUAAAAAAGAAAUGUUUGAAAAUUUGUAGAAAUAAAUGCGCAAGAUGGGCGAUGGAGUGAAGAAGCGAGAAAAAGAUAUUUGGAAUAUCAACGAGUAUGGAGCAAAUUCCGACAAUUCAGGAAUUCACCACAACAAUAA